AUGACUCCUUAUGAAGUUUUAUAUGGGAAGAGAUGCAAAACACCAUUGUGUUGGAAUGAGGUAGGAGAAAGACAAUUAGAAGGUCCAGAAUUAGUGCAACACACUAUAAAUAAAAUUCAAAUGAUCAAAAGUAGAUUAAAAGCAGUACAAGACAGACAUAAGAGUUAUGCAGAUCUGAAGAGAAGGGAUAUUGAAUAUAAUGUUGGUGACAAGGAUCAUAUGAGAUUUUAUAGACUUCGACCAGUUGCUUAUCGUUUAGCACUACCUCCAGAGCUAUCACAGAUUCAUGAUAUCUUUCAUGUAUCUAUGUUAAGGAGAUACAGAAGUGAUCCUUCCCACAUCCUCCAGAAACAACCUAUCGAGUUGAGAAAAGAUUUAACAUACGAAGAAGAAUCAGUAGAGAUCAUUGCCAAAGAAGAGAAGGUUCUGAGGAACAAGAUAAUACCCUUAGUUAAAGUUCCAUGGAGUAACUACUCUACUAAAGAAGCUACUUGGGAAAAAGAAGAGAAUAUGCGAAUUCAAUUCUCACAUUUAUUCCCUUCACCAGGUAUGUAA